AAAAUUUUCCGAAACAUGUCCGGUGGAUACCCCCAACAGCCUCCCGGCUACGGCUACGGCGCCCCGUCAUCCCAGCCGUACACAGCCGUUCCAUACACCGCCGGCGCGUCGAUCCCGCCUCAGCCGUACGGCGCUCCAUACGGCGCUGCACCCUACGGUGCACCUUCUGCUCCCUAUUCCGCUCCUCCCGGCGAGAAGCCUCCAAAGGACAACAAGCACCAGGCGCAUGGCUACGGCGGUGCUCCUCCAGCACACGGCGGGAGCUAUCCUCCCAUGGGAGGCCAUGCGAGUCCGUUCGCAGCUCUGGUUCCGUCGGCAUUUCCGCCGGGGACAGAUCCUAACAUCGUGGCCUGCUUUCAAAUGGCGGAUCAAGAUGGAAGUGGAUUCAUCGAUGAUAAGGAGUUGCAGAGAGCGCUUUCUUCGUAUAAUCAAAGCUUCAGUCUGAGAACUGUUCAUUUGCUCAUGUAUCUCUUCACUAAUACUAACACCAGGAAGAUCGGUCCGAAGGAGUUCAUUUCUUUGUUCUAUAGUCUUCAGAAUUGGAGGGCCAUCUUUGAGAGAUUCGAUCGGGAUAGGAGUGGAAAAAUCGAUGCCAAUGAACUCAGAGAAGCACUUUUGAAUCUAGGAUUUGCAGUUUCUCCGGUGGUGUUGGAUUUGCUUGUCUCAAAGUUUGAUAAAACUGGAGGCAAAUUCAAGGCCAUUGAAUAUGACAACUUCAUUGAGUGCUGCCUUACAGUUAAAGGACUAACUGAGAAGUUCAAGGAGAAGGACACUAUGUACAGUGGUAACGCGACGUUUACUUAUGAAGCCUUUAUGCUCACCGUUCUGCCAUUCCUGAUUGCAUAAAUCAAUGAAUUAUGAAGGCAAAACGGUGUGUUUGCUGUGAUUUCCUUUGGUGUUCUGUUUUUUGUUGCAAUAUAUUAACAUAUAGCUAAUAAAAAGAAGGGUUUAGUAUGUAUUAUCACAGUUUUGAAGUUUAUUCCAAUGACCAGUUUAUGCUGUUUUAAUGA